AAUAUGAAGGAAAUUCAUGCUCAUUCAAAUAUUUUGUGUAUUAGGUCUCAAUAUUUCCGUUCUGCAUUUUCUAAUGAAUGGGCUGAGAAAAGAGAUGGAAAAUUUAUUUUUAAAAAGCCAAAUAUUUCACCUCAAUUAUUUAAUAUUAUUCUUAGGUUCAUUUAUUGUGGAAAUAUUGAAUUGAAAAAUUUACAAGGUCCUGAUGUAUUAGAGUUGUUGAUAGCUGUGGAUGAACUAAAUAUCAAUUCUUUAGUUUCCCACAUUCAAGAAUUUUUGAUUGAACAUAAAACUGAAUUUUUACAACAAAAUCCAACUGGAAUUCUUGAAACAGUUUAUCAACAUGAAACAUUUACGGACUUAUGGAAUUUUUGU